AUGGAGACACUUGAGUGGCGCGGCGAGGCAGAUCCACAGCAGUCGGGUGGCGGCUGCGUCGCGUGUUGCGAAUUAACGGCGUGGGCCGCCCCGGGCUGGCAGCCGCAGCCGGCGCCUCCCACGGCCCGCCGCGCCGUGACUCACGGCCCAGGCCGAUCACGGCGUGUGAGCAGAGGGCAGAGGGCAGAGGGCAGGAGGGGAUUUCGCACCUCGCCCCGCCCGGGCUCUCUCUGCCGCGGCGGUGACGCCGGCCACAGCCGCUGCGCCUCACCACCUCACGUCAUCUGCCACACCACGUCUGCACUUGUCACGACGUUCUGCUUCAAGGACAGAGGUGUAGGAUCCGUGCAGCACGAGCGCGGCCCGCGAAAGCCCAAGCACCCGCCCCCGCACGGCCACGGGCACGGGCACGGCGCGGGCGGCGGCCCGCCGGCCGUGGGGGCGGUGGGGGCGGGCCCGGCGCCGCUGGUGAAGGAGCUGCCGCCGCUGCUGCUGCCGGCGGGCCCGGCGGCGGCGCUGGCGCUGUCCCCGACGUGGGAGGUGCUGCAGGAGACGACGGCGCGGCUGCUGUUCAUGGCGGUGCGGUGGGUCCGCUGCCUCGCACCCUUCCAGACGCUCUCCAAGAGGGACCAGCUGCUGCUGCUGCAGGAGUCGUGGAAGGAGCUGUUCCUGCUGCACCUGGCGCAGUGGUCCAUCCCGUGGGACCUGUCGGCGCUCUUCGGCUGCUCCAAGGCGCGCGACCGCCUGCCGCAAGACGACGCCGCCACCAACAUCGAGAUCAAGACCAUCCAGGAGAUCAUGGGCAGGUUCCGGCAGCUGUCGCCAGAUGGCAGCGAGUGCGGCUGCAUGAAGGCCGUCGUACUCUUCACGCCAGAGACGGCGGGCCUGUGCGACGUGCAGCCGGUGGAGAUGCUGCAGGACCAGGCGCAGUGCAUCCUGGGCGACUACGUGCGCAGCCGCUACCCGCGGCAGCCCACGCGCUUCGGCCGGCUGCUGCUGCUGCUGCCCAGCCUGCGCGCCGUGCGACAGUCCACGGUCGAGCGGCUCUUCUUCAAGGACACCAUCGGCGACAUCCCCAUCCAGCGCCUGCUCGGCGACAUGUACCACAUGGACAAGUACACCUAG